UAAAGAUGCAUUGCGACUUUUAGGAUAUCACGUGACCAAAACAUAAAUAGACUGUUCUAUCGGGGAUGAAAAACGGAGCUUUUGAAAGGCAAGCACUCGGGGAAGUGGAAUCGGAAUCGUGGAGGUUUGAGGGUGAUGGAGGAGUUUCCUGUGACGACUGCGGAGGCGCUGUGUUUGGGUACCAGUUUGGCAAUCUCUGGCAUAUUCUACUAUGUCUAUAGGAAGAAGAAGAAAACGGUGGAAAAGCUCAAUGAGGCACCACAGUUACUUUUAGAUGAGAAGCUGUCAGAUAUUCUGAAUGUCACUCCAGGGAAAUGUCUACAGUAUGUGGUCAUUGAAGGAGCUGUCCAGCCAAUAGGAGAGCCUCUGAGAAGUCAGUUUCAGGAGGGCAGUGUGGGAGUUGUACAGAAACUCAUGCUGAGAGAACAUAAGCUGGUUUGGAACAGCUUUGCUCGCACCUGGACGGACAGUGAGCGGGUGCUGCACCAGAGGGUGAACGCGGUGCCCUUCAGCCUGGUGGGCUCCGGCCAGGCCACGGUCAGGGUUCUGUCUCCCCUGGAGGCCUCUGGCCUGGACAUGGAGAUCAUCCACGAGAAGUUUCACCAGGCCACCUACGGCUUCACCGACAUCAUCGGACAGUACCUCAGCGGGGAGAAGCCCAAGGGACAACUGGAGACGGAGGAGAUGCUCAAGGUGGGUGCCUCUCUAACAGGUGUAGGGGAGCUGAUCCUAGACACGGACCGCGCCCUCAAGCUGCGCCCCCCCACUGACGGCUCAGAGUACUUCCUGAGCACGGCGGACUUUGAGACCCUGCGGCUGGAGCAAGAGGGGCAGGCGGUGGUGUGGCGCGUCCUGGCCUCCGUCUUCGCCCUGGCCGGGGUGGCGGUCUUCCUCUGGGUGGGCCGGCGCUACUACCGCAGCCUCAGGGUCCGCUGGGACCAGGACCGGCUGAGGAGAGAGUUCGAGAGGCUGGGUGCGGGGGCCGCGGGGCCUGGGUCGGCAGGGACGGGGGCCUCCCAGGAUGGAGCGGAGGUGCCCCUGGAGAACGCCUGCGUGAUUUGCCUGAGCCAGCCCCGCAGCUGCGUGCUGCUGGACUGUGGGCACGUGUGUUGCUGCUACAGCUGCUACCAGGCCCUGCCCCAGCCCUCCUGCCCCAUCUGCAGGCAGGCCAUCAAGAGGGUGGUACCCCUCUACCAGGCCUGAGGCCAGUGACUGUUCUCUGCCGCUGCUGUUAAUAAUACUGCACCUUCAAUGUGCACUUCUUGGACAGUGGAUUGAGAACAUAGACAUAUACACACAGACACAGUCCCACUGUGUCCAUAGGUUUGCUACAAUAGAAUAGAGGUGACUAUGCUCUAUGAUUGUAUGUGUACUCAAUCAGUAAGUUUUGGGCUACCAACAUUGAAUUGUUCGUUUUGACAUUUAAUUUGCUAAAAUGCAAAGUACUGUAUGUAUGUAUGUAUGUAUGUAUGUAUGUAUGUAUGUAUGUAUGGUAUGUACAUAUAUAUCAUUAAAUUAUUGUUUUGUUUGAGGGCAUGUGAAUACACGAGGAAAUGUACGACCAUCGGGAAUAUGUUAUAAAUAUAUGUAUAGAAAAAUAGAUGUUUAUUUUCAUACAAUCACUCGCUUUGUGCCUUAAAGUGGUGAUUCUCUGACGCCAAUCCUGUUUUGCAAAGUGUCUGUGUUUUCCAAACCUCUACACUGAGUGCUCUGUAGGCUGUCAGUAGGUAGAAUGAAGCAAGGAACCCUCAACUUCUGGCACUGUUACAUCAAUAAAGCAUCUCUCCUUACA